AUGGUGCUUCGCCCUCCUCCACCCGCCUCCCACUCCCCACUCCAACCUCCCCUCCCCAAUCCCAAUCCGCCAUCAACUCUCUCUAAUGCCAACCCCCCUUCCCAACGCCCCCAUGCUGACUCGGGCCGAGGGUUUGCCUUGAGAGGAUCACAGGCUCCUGUGGACGGUCCAGAUGCGCCCGGCACCGGAGCAGCAGCAGAAGCAACAGCAGCGACGUCAACAACAGCAGCAGCAUCCGCAGCAUCAGCAGCAGCAGCUUCAGCAGCUGCAUCAGCAGCAGCAGCAUCAGCAGCAGCAUCAGCAGCAGCAUCAGCAGCAGCAGCAUCAGCAGCAGCAACAGCAGCAGCAGCAGCAACAGCAACAGCAGCAACAGCAGCAGCAGCAGCAGCAACAGCAGCAGCAGCAGCAGCAACCGCAUCAACGGCAGCAGCAGCGCCAUCCCUCCCACCUAUCCCAUCCCCCUCGUGCCUCCCUUCCAGCCUCUCUCCUACACCAAUCUCGUUUCCCCCUCUUUCCCCAAACCCCCCCCAGGCAACUACCAUCCCCUCCUAA